GCACUUUACCGUCAACUGGUAAGACUCGAUGUCUGGCCAUAAAGGAGGCUUAUCUCAAUUAUACGGACUGGUGGGCCAUCGGGACGAUGGUGUUCGCGGUGUUGGGUAUGACUAUCACGGCGUUCAUAAUACUAGUCUUCUGGAUAUACAGCUCUACGCCAAUCAUCAAAGCGGCGGGACGUGAGCUCAGUUACCUAUUACUGAUUGGGAUAUUCAUGUCAUUUAGUAUGACAUUCGUGAUCGUUGCUAAACCCACGCCCUGGACGUGUGGGAGACGCCGUUCAUGUACUAAACCCAAGUAUACAUCCCCACAGUCACAGCUCGUAAUUACAGGCCUUUUGAUAUCUCUGGAAAUCAUAAUCAACGUGUGCUGGCUAUUCCAUGACAAAUUCGGGACGAUGGUGUUCGCGGUGUUGGGUAUGACUAUCACGGCGUUCAUAAUACUAGUCUUCUGGAUAUACAGCUCUACGCCAAUCAUCAAAGCGGCGGGACGUGAGCUCAGUUACCUAUUACUGAUGGGGAUAUUCAUGUCAUUUAGUAUGACAUUCGUGAUCGUUGCCAAACCCACGCCCUGGACGUGUGGGAGACGCCGUUCAUGUACUAAACCCAAGUAUACAUCCCCACAGUCACAGCUCGUAAUUACAGGCCUUUUGAUAUCUCUGGAAAUCAUAAUCAACGUGUGCUGGCUAUUCCAUGACAAACCCGAUGUAACACACGUUUAUCCCACUCGUGAGGAUAAUAUACUCAUAUGUCUGGGUUCUGAUAAUACCUCAUAUCUCGUUGGACUCAUAUAUCCAUCCAUUUUAAUCGGCUUCUGUACGGCCUAUGCGUUCAAAACCCGCAAAUGUCCGGAAGGUUUCAACGAAGCGCGUUAUCUAACGUUUACGAAUUACACGACUUGUGUCAUUUGGUUGGCGUUCCUGCCGUUGUUUGUAUUGAGUACGAGUACUGCCAUCAGAUCAGUAACACUCAGCUGCCUAUUGAGUCUGAGCGGCGCCGUACAGAUUGCCUGUCUCUUCGUACCCAAAGUGUAUAUCGCGCUCUUGAAGCCCGAGAAGAAUACGAAGGAAAACGUGAUGUGCAGUCAUUCCCAACAUUUUAACCGAAAUCGGGCCACAAAUUACACGCAAACGUCGGCCUCGUCGGCAACUCACGCCAAUCAUAAUAACAGUCCGACUGGCAAUCCCUCUAUUAUGGUUAAUGGAGGUAAGCCUAUCAACACACGUACGGCAUUAGUGAAUGGUGUGAUCACUUAUUAUUUAUUUGUCUACUGUACAAUGUUAAUG